UCUCCGAGUGCGACAGAACAGGACUCCAUAGCUGACUGCUGCAGCACUUCCGUUCCGCAAGAGGCGAGACACGAGCCUACGCGGCGGAGGCAAAGACACAAAGAAAGGCUCUUUUUUUCAUUUUUGUUUGAGGCCGGUAUGUCGGAUGAGGAUUCGCGUGCCAGCACUAGUUCUUCAUCUUCCUCUUCCUCAACCCAGCAACAAAAACAGAGAGACACACCUAACAAGAAACGGGAGAGUAAAGCCAACAUGAGCAAGACCUCGAAACUGCUCUCGACCAGUGCGAAAAGGAUUCAGAAGGAGCUGGCGGACAUCACACUGGACCCACCGCCCAACUGCAGUGCUGGGCCUAAAGGAGACAACAUCUAUGAGUGGAGGUCCACGAUCCUGGGCCCCCCGGGGUCUGUUUACGAGGGGGGAGUCUUCUUCCUCGACAUCGCCUUCACGCCCGACUACCCCUUCAAACCACCCAAGGUAACGUUCCGCACAAGAAUCUACCACUGUAACAUCAACAGCCAGGGCGUGAUCUGCCUGGACAUCCUGAAGGACAACUGGAGCCCUGCCCUCACCAUCUCCAAGGUGCUGCUGUCCAUCUGCUCCCUGCUCACAGACUGCAACCCUGCUGACCCCCUGGUCGGGAGCAUCGCCACCCAGUACAUGACAAACAGAGCCGAGCACGACAGAAUAGCCAAACAGUGGACCAAGCGAUACGCCACAUAACUGCACCAUGAGGCCUAGCACAGUGGCUGUGUCAUGGAAAGAGCUGCUCAGAGAAUGACCGGGAAGGGGCUGGGGUUUGGGUUGGGACUGGGGUCGGAGUGGGGAUUUCUAUUGCAGAUUUUAAGUCCUUUAUUGCCUGAUAUAUUUGUUUUUGUUUUCAGUUUUAAGUUAUCUUGGCACAGCUAGGAAUAA